AUGGAACAACGUCUGACGCAAUCGCAUCGAACUAGCUCCGAGACUACACUAAAUCGACAAAGUGGUGAAAAGAAUAAUAAAUCCCUACGUUUCGAACCACCGCCAGCACCAGCACACCCCCAAAAAAAUCCUGCUGCUAAUCGCUCAGAGCGAACACAUGUCACACCUUCAUUGAUUUCCGUGAAUUUCACUACAGAACCAGUGCGAAGUGAGCAUCAACCGUCAACUAACGGAGGUGGACGGUCACGAGACAUCUUACGGGGCCCCGACGAGGAUUAUCCGGAACGGUUGAUGAGCCCACCUCCUACAAAGGAGCCACGAUCAAUAAUCAAACAAGGCUAUUACAGUAGUCAACAGAAUCUGCAUUCUAAUAGCUCAACCAUGCAAGUGGAUAGAGGGGAAUCGAGAACUUUGCAGAGUAAGAGCACCAGCUUCAAUGACCUUCCAGAAGAGCAACGAUACCGCAUCAUGCAAGAAAAUUUGGAAAGACUGAGAAGGAGUCGUGCCACCACCCCAAAACCUCCUGUGACCUCUUUUAAUGGACCGUUUUUCAAGCUUGAGGAAGUCAACGCCUCAAAGAAUGAAGUUGUAAAUGGUGGAAACGAUUACUCUCUUCGAGAAAUGAAUGAGAGUAGGGCUUCUUUUGCUGACUCUCGAGCAUUGUCAGAUCGGAAGCAGAACUUUCUCAGAUUAAAAUAUAGAUCAUAUUACAAUUGUAUUGGGUUGAUUUAUGGGUUGCGCACCGCAAACAGCAUAAAAAAUCAGAUCCGAACUGCCGGAAAAGAUGCAUCCGUUGUGAUUUGGCCCCCACUCAAUGACAAAAAACAGCAUCGAUCGCAGUCAGUGAUGGCGAGGAGCAUCACUGAUCCCGAACGGAUAAAUGAAUAUCGAAGGCAGAAACAGAUGGAAGAGGAAGCAAUGCGUAGACAUGAGAAGGAGAAGGUGAUUGCUAUGACCAAACAGAUGCGAGCCAUGCAAGUGCAACAGCAGAGGCUGUAUGAACAGCGCCAUGGAGUCACGUCACCUGUACAAUUUAUUGACGUCAUCGACAACACUCCCUAUUCGUCACAGCAGCAACUGCCAAUCAGAUACGGGCAAUCACCAGCUCCAGGACAGAUGUCACCGGAUUACGGCUACGAUCCACAUCGUAUGCGAGUCUAUGAAACAAGGCCAAUUUCGGCGCUUUCUGAGAUGUCAGACACUGGACUGCAUAACACAUGGAAAAGAACCUAUAUUGUGGAAAAACCUGACGAUAUAGCAAAGAAUGAGAUUUUACGCAGCGCACAAUUACUCGAGAGGGAGCAGUACGAUGUGGAUUUGCUAAAGCGUCGAGCAGCGUUUGUCGAAAAACCGGAAGAAAAACCCGAAAUCAUAAGAACAGGUCGCAAAUGGCAACCACCACCCGAGAAGCCGUACGUGUGGCCCUCGGUUCCUCGAGCAGCUUCAGUGGAUAUUAGCGUCCCUCCUAUCGAUUACAACAUGGCUCGCUCUACUGAGAAUGUCGAAUAUCAGUGGGCUCCCGUUGUCACUGAUCCCGGAUUCAAACAAGAAAGGAAGAAUUUUACACCAACAAAUAGCCCACCUAUGUCACCUAGAGGGGGUCAUGGCACGGGACCACUAGAUGAGGCUGCGAAGCGACAAACAAGAUAUGUGAUACAGCCCUCACCAGAUGGUAGUCACCGGCCAGAGCCAGCAUUCCGAAAGGAGCGCGUUACUCCAAGCGGAGGAUUUUAUCCUCAUGCUCCUAAUGCUGUAAAAAUAGUGAAAUAUCGGCCAGCAUCAGCUCAAGGCCUACUGGCGCCUGUAGAGGGCACUACCGAAGAAAGUGUAGACGUAAUUCAUCAACGGAACUUCCAUAGAAUUGACGGAGGGUACCGAAACUCGCCCAGUAAUGGUGAGCACUAUGAUCGCAAAGCUAUGCGAAAAUCACAGCCAUCAAUAAAUGACUGGGAAAAGAUCUACGACUUGCCUCCGCAUUCGUCCACGAUCGUUGGCAAAGAUAUGCCGACAAACAUCAACGUUAAGCGACGAUUGUCGCAUUUCCAAGGCUCUGUGCAGAAUCUGCAACGUCGUCAGGAAAACGCUCGAACGUAUCAGGAGAAUGCUCGAUCGUAUAGUAUGGAUGGGUCGCUUCCGUACCUCGAACACGGCUCUAUGCGUGAUGUUUCAAGUCCACAAGCAUCCACGCCUCGACAAGAUCGUAGCCAAAGCUCUAGUAGACGAGAGACCCCUCGUCAGCAAAGUCGACGAACUCAAGAACAGCACCCCAGCACUUCGGGUCAGAACAGUCGCCCAUCCUCCUCUGUGCCAAUUUCACCAGCAUCACGCUCUGACACCCCGACAGCGAUUCGCGUUCGAACGAAAAUGGGCCAAGUGACCGCCCCAGGUCCAUCGCCCAAAUCGUACGACAGGGCAAGACAAUACGUGCCUCGCCCUCUACCGCCAGGUUACACGAACGAAGAUUUGGAUGAGUUGGCAAGGAAGGGUGAGCAACUGCUUGAACGGUCGCGAGAGCGUCGUGCCGGCUACAAGCUCAUCGACUCGGAAAUCGUCAAAGAGGGACCCGAACCUGUUCCUCAAGCAUUCAAAGAUCAAGUUCGCGAUCUGCUUGAGUCGCGAAAUUCGCUCGAAACGUCCACCACCAAGGAGCACGAUCGUUCCGGAUAUGUCACGGAUGUUUCAACAGCUACGUGGCAAUUUUCUACGCAAUCAUUUUCGCCGCGAUCAAUUGUCUCAGUGAAUGGUGCAAGAGAUGACAUUCUCAAGAGAGAAAAGGAGAGAGUGUGGCCGUCGUACGCGGCGCAAGAAUCGACGUCGGUGGCCGAAUCCGGGCGCUCGUCGCGACAAAUGCAAGAGGUAUACGACCGCAAAGUCGAGCGAUUCGCGUCGAUGCCGCUGCUCACUGCUGCUGAUCGUACCUUUAUUAGAGUGAAGGAUGAUAAGCCAAGGAGCAUAAUGAAGCGACGAGAGCUAGAGACCAGAGAUCAGAUGCUACAUCCAUCGGCUGAAAAUCAGCUCAUGGAACGACAAUAUCACAGAACUCAAAGUAACGUCAGCAAGCCCUCCGUAACCGAAACUGUGCAACGUUUCGCAGAGACUCGCAGAACUGAAGAAGUCGAACGACGUGUGCAACGAAAAGAACGUCGUGAUCGUCGUUCCAGACAGCAUUCAUCGUCGCGUCAACAUGCUUCGCAUGGUUCUCGCGACAAUUGGGAGAAUGGAUAUUCUGAGCGUCGCAUCGUUUCUGUUCCACCGCAACGUAUCGUCUAUCAAGAGUCGAAUCGUGCCAUGAGCGAAGCCGAGAUUGACAAAGUGGUCCGUGAAGCGUACGCAGCAGCCGAUGAGGCUCGCCGUGAUCACUAUCGUAUGCGCAGCAGUUCUCUCUCGCGCGGUGGUGGUGCCGUAAAUGGCUACCUGCCAGCCAGCCAAGAGACUUACUACCGUCAAACAAGCACAAAGAGAGAGCGCGAUCUUCGAGAUAAUAAUCAAAGAUACGAGGAUGAGCACUUCGGCAGAGGACUCGCACAUGCUCGUUACGGAUCUCUCAGCGAUUCUCUGCGUCGUGGCGAACUGAAGUAUAUACCAAAUGGAGAAGUUCGCGAAUCGCAUUGGAGCCAGCAGCAGCAGAGUCGCGGUGGAGGAAUGAACAACAUGCACAAGAGCUAUUCUACCCGCGAUGUAUUCGGAGGGGACUAUGAUCGUCGUUCAAACUCAUCUUAUCGACGUGGAAGCCAACAGAUGUCACCAUUUGUCGAAUUCCCACCAACUCUACCCAGAAGCUAUGACGAUGAUAUGUCCCGCUUGGAGGCUGAAUUCCUCGAUUCGCUGCUGAUGCCACUGCCGAACGGAAACAUGCAUGAAAGAGACUACCGAACCGAGCACAUCCCAGGCGGAUAUGAGACAUUCCAGAAGGACAAUCGUGCCAAUAGCGGCAGACGAAUCGGCAAGGACGGGCUUCCCGUAGAUUACAGUGAAGCAACACAAGAGUACAGCUAUAAACGUGAACAAGAGAUGGACCGCCGACGCUGA